UUUGCUAUUUCGCGUCGCAAGAGGUAAAUGCUCGUCCGGAACAUUCCUGUCCUUGGACCAACCACCAUCAGAGCGAGAGCAAGAGGCGAGUAACCCAAGCCCGAUAAAAACACCCCAAGAACCGAUAAUGUGGAAUUAGUGUGAUUGUGCGCCGGAAGCAGCUUCGUCGCAGGAUUAAACCCCGAGGAUUCCGGAGAAGAAGAAAAAAAAAGUGCGUAAGUAGCUCAGAAAAGGACGCGUCAGCGGGAGAGAGACGAAGCGAGGUGAGGUACCGUGCACUAGAGCGAAACAGCUUGCUUGAGGAGAGACACACACUUUGGAGGAAUCGCAGCAGGCCAAACGGGCACGCGACGCGCACAAAGGCAAAAACAAUAGACAAGACAACAAAAGUCAACAGCCAACGGGCAAAGUAAAGAAAAAGCAAUGGCGACCGGAUUCAGGAUUCACGAGGACCUCACCGAGAAGGAGAACCAGGUGCAGCUGGCGGGCAAGUCGGUCAAUGUGGGCGCCGGACUCAAGCAGCAGAUCCAGCAGCGGUCCACCUUUGGGGUGCUGAACAACUUGGCCGGAAAUGGACGGACGGCGGCGGCCCUGGCGAACAUCGGCGGGGACAAGGCGGCCCUGAAGGAUCCCAAACUCAAGGUCAAACCCUCGGUGCUGUCCAAGCAAACCAAAAAUGUGGACGAAAACGCCAUCGUCAUUCCGACGGUCAACCACGCCAAGACCGUCCUCCCGAAACCCGCCGAACCGUUCAAGACCUUCCAGGUGUACGACGACUCGAAGGAAAACAGCAAGCUUACCGCCAAGGCGACCACCAAGGACGAAUCGCUCGCUGACGCCGCCAAGCGGGAACCGCUGCAGGAGCUCAAGAAUGCCGAACUGCUCGAAACCCCGAUGUCCGUGUCCGAGUCCCUCUCGCCUAUGUCGGUGGACAAAUCGGUGGCGCUGAUCGAGGCGGACUCCUCGCUUGCGGUCCCGCGCAACGACCGCGAGCGCUUCUUCGAGGUCGAAGAGUACCAGGUGGACAUUCUGGCGUACCUGCGCGAGGCCGAAAAGCGCCACCGCCCGAAGCCGCUGUACAUGAAGAAGCAGCCGGACAUUAACCAAUCGAUGCGCACCAUCCUGGUCGAUUGGCUCGUCGAGGUGUGCGAGGAGUACAGGCUGCAGAACGAAACGCUCUGUCUGGCCAUCUCGUACAUUGACCGGUUCCUCAGCUUCAUGUCGGUGGUGCGCGCCAAACUGCAGCUGGUCGGCACAGCUGCCAUGUUCAUCGCCGCCAAGUACGAGGAGAUUUACCCGCCAGAUGUGGGCGAGUUUGUGUACAUCACCGACGACACGUACAGCAAAACGCAAGUGCUGCGUAUGGAGCAACUCAUCCUGAAGGUCCUCGGGUUCGAUCUGUCCGUACCAACGACUUUGGUAUUCACCUCCGUCUACUGCGUCAUGAACGACGUGCCCGACAAGGUCAAGUACAUGUGCAUGUAUCUCUGCGAGCUGUCGCUGCUGGACGCCGAUCCGUACCUCACCUACCUGCCGUCCAAGAUCGCGGCCGGUGCGCUCGCUCUCUCCCGCUACACGCUCGAUCUGCCCGUCUGGUCGCGGAUGCUCGAGACGAACGUCGGCUACCGGCUCGAGGACCUGCGCGACAUCAUCCUGGACCUCAACAAGACGCACCAGCGGGCCGAAUCGAUGGCCCAGCAAGCGAUCCAGGAAAAGUUUAAGGCCAACAAAUAUAUGCAAGUGUCCACCAUUCCGGCGGUGGAACUGUCCGAGGAAACGUUCGACAAGAUGUGCAAAUCGUUGGCCGCGAUAGCAUCCGCGGCUGCCGAAGCGGAAUCGACGACGGCGGUACCAGCUGGUAGCAGCACAGUGGAAGGCACCGCUCCGCUGAGUCACAACGAUUCCAUGCGGGAGAUGAUGUCCUCGUUGUUGUUUGUCUGAGCGCCUCCCCGUUUCCCCCAAGUCCCCCUCCAACUUUUUUUCUGUUACGAUAGGUUUAUAAUUUGAAUAAUUUUAUUCGCGUUUUGUCCUAUUUUAUUUUUAUGCCGGUUUUACCCCACACUCCCACACAUUACGAAGCCUGCCUAAGAACACUGCUUAAUCGUAAACCUAAGCUCCCGUUUUUUUUCGUGUUUUGUUUUCCCCCUGCGCGCGCCCAGACUUUGUGUGUAAUUUGACGAAUUGAAACGCCUAUUUAUAUUUAAUAAAAAUGCCCACUCAACGAAGACGCAAAACAAA